CUAAAGUUACUAACAAAUUAUUCUAAAAUGAACGGCGGUGCGGUUGCAGUGUACCACUUCGCCCAGCAGAGGUCGCUGUUUCCCUCCUUCAGGCUGGGUCACUGGGUUUGGGUGCAUGCGCAGUAUCCUCAUUUGGCCCCUGGUCUCGGCGCUUCUCUGCUGUUCUUCUCCAAACGCCUAGUUCGGCCUGUGGACCGUCCUUGGCAGCUAUCUGGGGAUGCUGGAGUCCCUCUGACGGUUUGAUGCCAGCCGGGACCCUCGGAUGCGGCUCCCGGGAGCGGUUUUCCAGAGGAGCGGCUCCGUCAGGUCGCUAACCCGAGUUUGUUUUUCCGCUGCUAGCUUAUGGUGAUGGGGGUCCCAGCGUGACCGCAGCUUCCUUCUGCCGCCAUUUCUCACGUCGGUUCGCUCCCUGCAUCAGUGUCCCCUGUUCCUGCGCUCCUCGCCUCCUGACUCAGAUGAUGGAUGACAACUUUUCCAGCACCUCCUCCUCGGCUCAGUUUUCAGCUCAUCUUCUACAAAAGGAGCAGCUAUCAAUUUUUCUGCGGAGAGGCUGAACGCUGCUGGGGGUGUUGAGGAAUCUCCCCCACGUUCUAAAUCUUUAAGGAUAAAAUAAUUAGUCUUUUUUGAUUUUCUUUUUUGGGGUUGGUCCGGUUCGACCGGCUGUUUUAGUUUUCAAAACUGGGGCGCAACUCAUGGGAUGCAACCAUGUCGGAUCUUAGCGAGCGCAGGCCGGUGAACGCGGACUACGCUGUCUCCCUGCUGGAGCAGCUGAAGUUCUUCUACGAGCAGAAGCUGCUAACCGACGUGGUGCUGCUGGUGGAGGGCACCGAGUUCCCCUGUCACAAGAUGGUCCUGGCCACGUGUAGCUCCUAUUUCAGAGCGAUGUUCAUGAGUGGACUCAGCGAGAGCAAGCAGACGCACGUCAGCCUGAGGAACGUGGACCCGGCCACGCUGCAGAUCAUCAUCACCUACGCCUACACGGGGAACCUGGCCAUCAGCGACAGCACGGUGGAGCCGCUCUACGAGACGGCCUGCUUCCUGCAGGUGGAGGACGUCUUGCUGCAGUGUAGAGACUACCUGGUGAAGAAGAUCAACGCGGAGAACUGCGUCCGCAUGCUGAGUAUCGGCGACCUCUUCAGCUGCAGCGAGCUGAAGCAGAGCGCCAAGCGCAUGGUGGAGCACAAGUUCCCGGUGGUGUACCGGCAGGAGGCCUUCCUGCAGCUCUCCCACGAGCUCCUGAUCGACGUGCUGAGCAGCGACAACCUGAACGUGGAGAAGGAGGAGGCGGUGCGCGAGGCCGCCAUGCUGUGGCUGGAGUACAACAUGGAGGCGCGCUCGCAGCACCUGUCCUCCGUGCUCAGCCAGAUCCGCAUCGACGCGCUGUCGGAGGUGACGCAGCGCGCCUGGUUCCAGGGUCUGCCCCCCAACGACAAGUCGGUGGUGGUGCAGGGCCUCUACAAGUCCAUGCCCAAGUUCUUCAAGCCCCGCCUCGGCAUGACCAAGGAGGAGAUGCUCAUCUUCAUGGAGGCCAUGUCUGAGGCGCAGGGCGACGGCUACGUCACCUCCACGUCCGCGCCCACCGCCAUCGUGUGCUACAGCCCCCAAGCCGAGAAGGUGUACAAGCUCCACAACCCCCCCGGAGACCUGCAGAAGGUGGGGACGCUGGUGACCCCUGACAACGACGUGUACAUCGCCGGCGGGCAGAUCCCCCUGAAGAACGCCAUCUCCAACCACGGCAAAGGCGGCCGGCUGCAGGCCGUCUUCCGCUCCGUCGACAGCUUCUUCUGGUUCGACGCCCAGCAGAACUCCUGGGUCCCCAAGACCCCCAUGCUGUGCGCCCGCAUCAAGCCCUCGCUGGUGUACUGCGAAGGCUGCAUCUACGCCAUCGGCGGCGACAGCGUGGGCGGGGAGCUGAACAAGCGCACGGUGGAGCGCUACGACUGCGAGAAGGACGAGUGGAGCAUGAUGAGCCCGCUGCCCUUCGCCUGGAACUGGAGCACGGCGGUGGUGGCGCACGGCUGCAUCUACGUGAUGACGCACGACCUGACGUACUGCUACUUCCCCCGCGCCGACACCUGGGUGGAGAUGGCCAUGCGCAAGACCAGCCGCUGCUUCGCCUCGGCCGCCGCCUUCGGCGACCUGGUCUUCUACAUCGGCGGGCUGCACGUGGUCAGCAACUCCGGCGUCCGCAUGCCCACCAGCACCAUCGACGGCUCCUCCGUCACCGUGGAGAUCUACGACGUCAACAAGAACGAGUGGCGCACCGCCGCCAACAUCCCCGCCAAGCGCUACUCGGACCCGUGCGUGCGCGCCGUAGCGCUGCUCGGCUCGCUGUGCAUCUUCAUGCGUGAGACCCACAUGAACGAGCGCGCCAAGUACGCCAUCUACCAGUACGACGCGGAGCUGGACCGCUGGUUCCUGCGGCAGCCCGUGUCGGAGCGCGUGCUGUGGGACCUGGGCAAGGACUUCCGCUGCGCCGUGGGGAAGCUGUACCCCUCCUGCCUGGAGGAGUCGCCGUGGAAACCCCCCACCUGCCUCUUCUCCCCAGACGGGGCGGAUGAGUUCGAGGUGGACGGGGAGCUGGUGACCUUCCCCCACGUAUAGCCUCCCCCCUCCCCUUCACCUGACUGAACGAACCAGAGUCCAAUAUUAAAGGGGGCGGGGCUUCCUCUCCCCACGUGGUCAAUAGCUUUGUGUUUGGGGGGUCUGUUGGUGAGAAGGAUGCUGUACAUAAAGACACCCCCCCCCCCCGGGAGUGUGGUCUGCUACACCAGGGGUCCCCAAACUACGGCCCGCGGGCCGGAUCCGGCCCCUGAACAGUAUCAGAGACGCAAGAUUUGGUUGUUUUUUUCCCAAAUCUGGCUUUUAGAUUGUUUGCUAGCACUGUUAGCUUACAGAGAACUCUUUUUGGCGAAACACUGUUUUGCUAACAGUGUUUUUCUGUUAGAAAAACUAACAGAAAAACACUGUUCGCACUGUUAGCUGAUUAAAAAAAUGUACUUACAGUGUUUGGCUAACAGAGAAAACUUUUAGUCCUGUUAGCUAAGAGUUUUUUUCUGAUAUCAGAAAACACUGUUAGCUAACAGAAAACACUGUUAGCCAAAGAGUUUUUGGCUAACAAAACGGAAACACUUUUUCUGUUAGCCUUCAAACUGACUCCCGCCUCACAUUAGUGAAGAAAAAAAAUCAAGUGGCCCUUAAAAGAAAACGUUUGGGGACCCCUGCUCUACACUAACGUGGUGAUGAAGAGCAUGAGGAGGAGGAGGAUGACAUCUGACCCCCCCUUACUGGUAAAGAAAUACUCUGCAUCCGUGAGACGUAGCGCAGCUCCAAAAAAACUCUAAUGGAAUCACAAACUCAUCCGGUCGCUGUUCGUCAAACUGCUUCUUCCAAUAAAGGUUAUUCAAACACGAGCUCCUCCUCAUCUCCACAUCCUGCAGAGUACUUCUUCACCGCUUCCUCUGGGGUGGUGGUGGGGUUUGAACCCCCGGCGGCUGCAGGUCCGGCCUCCCUCUCCGCCCCACCCGGCUCCAUCUGCUCACAGGCUCAUGCAUUUUUAUUUGUAAGCUGCUGAAAUAUAGAAAUAUCUAUAAAAUAUCUAUUUUCAUAUGUUUAAAGACAGCUGUUUAAGUGAUGGGGGGACCAACUCGAUUUUCUAUUUGUUUUUUUUUAUUUAACAUCAGACUUUACUGUAGUGUGGUUGUUGGUUCCACCCCCUUCGCUUUUGUUUUCCUGGAGUGAUUAUCCAUAAAUACUGCUGCUGACCUCCACCCGGGGGUGUUGCUAUGGAAACCAGCCCAGCAGGAGGACUGCUGUGUGGGGGGGGUUUCCUCUUACCUUUAAGAAUACAUGAGCACGGGUGCUUCAUGAUGAACCUUACGAGCAUGUUUGGCUGCAUUACUUUCCGUCAGCACUGUAUUUUGAAUGAACGUUAAUUUAUUAAAAUACAUACCAAACCUG